AUUAAUUUAUUACACUUUUAGUUACAAUUAAACAAACAAUUGAAUCAUUGAUUAGAGUAUAUAUUGUUUAGUCGUAUAUAAAGUUUAAUCAAAUAAGCAAUCAAUGAGUGAAAUGAUAUUAUUUUUAAAUUGAAAUUCAAGUGUUUUUUGUAUUUUUCACACUUUGUGUUGAUUUUUGCAGUCAAACACGUGUUUUGUAUUUUGAAUUAAAACUUGUGAUUAAAACACUUAUCUUUAGUGACAAACGAUAUGACGACUAAUGAAGCGAUCGGUAAUAUGUUUGGUCUGUUUGGUUGCGAUGAUCAGCCAUCAGAUAAAACCUUUGAUGGAUAUAAUGGUACUGAAGAAGUGACACAAUCUAAUAUUUGUGUGCAACUGAUGCCUGACAACCAUAAAAAGGCGACUGAAGAGGCCAUCGAUGAUAACAAAUGUGUUAUCUGUAGUAACAUUACAAUUAAAUACCGGUGUCCUAAAUGCCAAUUAAAGACCUGUUCAUUGAUUUGCUGUAAAUCACAUAAGAGUCGCUUCAACUGCGAUGGUAUUAGAGAUAAGACGCCUUACAUCAAGAUAUCUGAGUUUACACAACAAGACUUUCUCUCCGACUAUUUCUUUCUGGAAGACGUCGACCAAACACUUGACAACAAUUGUCGUCAAAGACGUGCUAUCAUUAACUCCAAACAAAUUAUGCCAAAAUGGUUACAAAAGUUAUCAAAAGAGGCUCGAAAUAGAGGAACCAAUUUGAAGAUAAUGCCGGGAGGUUUCACACGACGCAAACAAAAUACCACUUGUUUUAUGUAUAACGACAAUACCAUCAAUUGGGACAUUGAGCUCAAGUUUAUCCACGCAAUCGAUUCAAAGGACUUGAAAAAUUUGGACCAAUUAUUAGCUGAAGAUUUGGUUAUAUCUCACUCUGAAUUUUCGUGUACUGAACGUCGUAUAAAUGAAAAUACUUCUCUAUCGACAAUAUUAACCAAAUAUAUCGGUGAUAAUGAUCUGAUUGACAAUUACGACAAAAAUCGCAAAUUAAUGUUAUAUCGGAUGUUAGGUUUGGAUGGCAUAUCUGUUUUGUUUCGCAAAGAAAAGUGUGGUUUAAAAAAUAAUAAGUAUUAUGAAAUAGAUUUGAAUAAAUCAAUUAAAGAUAAUCUUUUCCGACGACUAGUCAUCGAGUUUCCCACAUUUUUGGUCAUUUUAAAUAAGUUUAAAUAUUUAUUUGAUAUAUGCGAUGAUAAACAUUAAAAUUGAGUUUACUAUGAAUUUAUAACAAUUAUUAUAUUUGUAUUUUUAUAUAAAUAAAAUUAU